ACAUAAAUUGAUGACGUAGACGCACUAUACACGGGAUUCCACAGGGCUAAAAUGGAGGAUGUUCCCCCUGAGAAGCAGACAGGCACCGGGUUUGAUGAAAGCAUUCAGACAGAGACGACAAGUGCAGGGACUGAGAAGCAGAGUGUACUACUUGCCAGUAAAAUGGAGUUUCCAGAACAGCCAGCAGUAAAUGUCACAGUGACCAGAGAUGACAGGACUGCAGAGAGAUCACUACCAAUGCUUUUUAAGAUUCGAGAAAACCAAUCCACAAUUCAAUGUACAGGUGGCAGUGGUGUAUUGCCUAGAGAGCCAAGCUAUCAGUUAGAACAGCAUAAUGACCACUGGCAUCCAGUGUAUAUAGACAGAAAUGCAGCCCCCACACCUCAUCUCUCUCACUGUCACACCAAACGCAAUGCAAGUACUUCACAACUUACGCAUUCUCAGAUUAAGCAAGUUUUUACCAAGCCAUCACAGUGGAAUGAUAGUCAACACACUGCAGCUAUGUCACAGUUGACAAGUUCCCAAUAUAAAGGACCUACAUGUGCAUCAUCAAAAAGUCGGGACAAAAUUUUCUGUCAGAAGAGAAUGUACAGUAUGAACCAGGAUUUUGUACUGAAAUGCUCCAAAAGUUGUGCCUGUGAUAAACCAAGCAUUGAAAAAUCAGACAGUGUGCCAUGGCCUGUGUGUCAUUGUGAAGAGAGGAAAAAAAGUGCAGCUUUGACAAAUGCUUGUCCAGGAUUUCAGAAACGUUUUCAAAAGGAAAAAGACAUGUUGUUGUCACACCCAACACAAUCGGACAACCAUGACAAGCCAAUGUCACACCUAACGCAAUAUCAUAUCAAUGAGCUGCCACAUAAUGUGCUGCUUAGAAUAUUCACAUGCCUCCCAUUACCAGAUUUGCUCUGCCGUGCUUCCCUUGUCUGUAAACUCUGGAGUACUCUGGCCAGAGACAGUGACUUAUGGAGGACAGUAAGAGUUAAAGGCUUUGUCAAGGUGGAUAAUGCUGUAUUAGAAAGACUGACAUCGUACAGUGAAAAUGUGUAUGAAGUGGACAUCACAGACUCUAGGCUAGUGAACAACAAAGGGGUGGCCUGUUUACUGAAAAACUGCAAGAGAUUGGAGGUCUUCAAGGCUUCAAGGUGCCAGCAGCUCUCAGACCAAGCUUUCUGUGAACUGAGUGACUGCAGGUUUUUAAAGCACCUCAACUUGGAGAACCUGCAUGCUUUAUCUGAUGUAGCACUGGCGAGGAUAUCCUGUAACUGCCCCAACCUGUCCCACAUUAGACUCAGCCAGGCACGAGAUAUAACAGACCACGGGGUCGUCCAGCUCUCUGAGGGGUGUCCACGGCUGAAGUCUGUUUGUCUUGACCAGUGCUUUUCUAUAAAGGAUCCUGGUAUUAUAAAGCUGACAGAACACUGCAGGAAUUUGGAAGAGUUAAGUUGUAUGUCAUGUGACUUGACAGACUGCAGUCUCUUUCACAUUGCUAAGCUUAUGUUCUAG